AUGUCCUCCUCAUCCAGCUCUGCUCAAUCUGCCUUUGCCGUGAUGAUGAAGCGCGUCCGUGAAGGUCAGGAGCCUUUGGAAGGCUCUAAGCGCGCUAGGCCUGCUGGUAACCCGAGUGGCGAGGUACCCGCCGAUAUUGCUGAGUCCAAGUCCGGUGAGCCCUUGCAACCUAAGGCCGGCUUUUUACCGAACGCACAAGGGCGUCCAUUCCAAGCUGACUGGUAUGUUGGUAAUCCUUGGCUCGAGUGGAGCAGAUCUACCGAUAAGGCAUACUGCUUCGCCUGCCGUUUCUUUUACCCACCAGCAGCUGCCGGUUUCGGUCCGCCAAAUGGCUCGUUCGUGUCCUCUGGCUUCAGUAACUUCAAGAAGGGCGUUGAAAAACUGAACGCUCAUAAGGCUAGCGCCGGUCACAAGGAGGCGAUGGUGAGGUGGGCAACGUGGAAGGCUGCUGCAGAGAAAGAACAAUCGGUCUCGGCUCUUCUUGCCAAACACGACGAGAGUACCUUAUUGGAGAAUCUACGCGGCUAUCACAUGGACAUUAAUGGGCGCGCGCGAAAAGAUCGUCAAGAGUUUGAGGUUCGCAAGGAACUGUCCAAAUUAUGUGAGGAAGCGCAGGUAUUGGAAAAACUACAAUCGGAAGUCCGCGAGAAGCAUCUUGAAUGUCGAACUCUUGAUGCGUGUGAAGGCGCGUCGAAUAUUAAGGAAUUUGCGGAGAAGUGUGGUAUCGAGUUGGCUACUGAGGAGUCUGUGGAUAUUGACGCUGUUGUUGGGGGAAUUGUUGAAGAACCUACUGGGGAUGCGUCGAAUAUCAAAUUCGUUCACCAAGAAUAUGCGUAUAUACUCCGACAUCAGUGA